ACGAGAGAAUCCGAACUUUAAAGCGCAGUUGUAAAAAUAAAAUAAUAAACUUUCAGACGAAAUAGAAAUUGUCACCCGCAUAACAUAACCGGAAUAAUAUAUAGUCAUACAGCAGCAGGACAAUUUUGUUCAACAAGGAAUUAGCUAACCGUCUCCAUUUAGUUGUCAAAUAGGUUUUUUAGUUAACGUUAUUUUUGUUCGCUACAGUAGCUAACUGUCGUUAAGUCAUUCGUCGUCGAAGCAGUGCAACGACCUACUGUGAAUUUCCAUGUAACUGUAACGUUGGCUACUUACAUCCGGUGGUGAUUCACGGACACGGUUUCUUCUGUUACCUUCACUAAGACCACGUGAUUCUGUCAUCUCAUCAUAUCAAAUGAAUUAGGGACGUGUUUGUGUCAUCGCGCAAGAAAUAUUCUAUACCAGGUGAGGUUACAAUGUCUCGGAUCAUUGGCUAAUUACAUUGUUACUUUAAUUGUGUUAAAAACGCGCUGAGCCACCACUGUCCAGAGGUCAACUAUGAUUUUAUCUGUCACAAAUACUAGAAGACUGCCAGGGAUCUGAGUCCGUAUGUUUAGGCCUUACUUAUAGCUAGUGAUAUUGUACACCCUGUCUGGUGGACACGGCAAUGCAAUGCACUGUACUGGGAAGGGAAUGGCAGAGCACAUUUAGUACUCUACUGUAAAUGCAAUCAGGUUUAUGAAGCCAACAUCUUUACAACGGCUUAGGAACCUUAUCCUGUGGACGGAAGGAUAUCGUUUCAGCAACUACCACUUACUCUGUCCCUCUGUUUGGCCCAAACUGCUUAUCACUGCAACGCUCAGGAAUACCCACGUCAUAACCGGGAAGCAGCUAUGCAGCUUGAAAUCCAAGUAGCACUUAACUUUAUUAUUUCCUACUUGUACAACAAACUCCCCAGACGGCGUGUGAACAUCUUCGGGGAGGAGCUCGAGAGGCAGCUGAAGAAGAAGUACGAUGGCCACUGGUACACGGAUAAGCCAUACAAGGGCUCUGGGUACAGGUGCCUCCACGUAGGGGAGAAGGUGGACCCUGUGGUGGAGCAGGCAGCCAAGGAGAGCGGCCUGGACUUGGACGAUGUCCGGGAUAAUCUCCCUCAGGACCUAAGUGUGUGGAUUGACCCCUUCGAGGUGUCCUACCAGCUUGGCGAGAAGGGGCCGGUCAAGGUGCUGUAUGUGGAUGAUAACAAUGAGAACAACGGGUCCGAGUUGGACAAGGAGAUCAAGAACAGCUUCAACCCAGAGGCCCAGGUCUUCAUGCCCAUCAGUGACUCUAUUGGGACCUCUUCUGAGUCCAGCUCUCCUUCACCCCCUUUCGGGCAAUCUGCGGCCAUUAGCCCCUCGUUCAUGCCGCGCUCCACCUAUCCAAUAACCUUUACCACCGCCACCUUUGCCGCCACCAAGUUUGGCUCCACCAAGAUGAAGAUCUCCGGCCGCAACAACAACAAUGGUAACGGCAACAAGGUGGCCCGCACCUCCCCAACCAAUGACCUGGGGCUGAAUGUGAACACCCUAAUGAAGCAGAAAGCCGUUUCCACCUCUAUGUACUCUCUGUACGGCCUGGGCCAGCAGCAGAAUUCCUCUGCACUCUCUCCUAAUGCUAAGGAGUUUGUGUUCCCCAGCCUCCAGGGUCAGGGGAGCUCCGGUGGCGUGUUCCCCAGCCUCCAGGGUCAGGGGAGCUCCGGUGGCGUGUUCCCCAGCCUCCAGGGUCAGGGGAGCUCCGGUGGCGUGUUCCCCAGCCUCCAGGGUCAGGGGAGCUCCGGUGGCGUGUUCCCCAGCCUCCAGGGUCAGGGGAGCUCCGGUGGCGUGUUCCCCAGCCUCCAGGGUCAGGGGAGCUCCGGUGGCGUGUUCCCCAGCCUCCAGGGUCAGGGGAGCUCCGGUGGCGUGUUCCCCAGCGAGGGCUCUCUCAGCCUCAGCCCGCUGCAGUACAACGAUGCCUUUGACGUGUUUGCAGCCUACGGAGAUCUCAACGACAAGACCCUCAAUGAUGGGCUGAACUUCAACCUCAGCAACAUGCAGUAUUCCAAGCAGCAAUUCCAGUCGGUCAUGGCUAACUAAACCUGACACUAGGACUUGAACAUGUUAUUCCUUAAUGACGACGGUAGCUUGAAGGGAAGCAUUACGAAGAACUGGACUUUCAAGGAACCUCUUGAGGAGCUUUCUAUCUAGUUAGGGAAGCAGCAUGUGUCCACGGGUGCUUUUUCUCUGCCCCAUUGAAUUUUUUUUAUUUUUUUACUAAAGGUUUGUUGUACGAACACGAACACGUCCAAGCUUGAUUACUUAAAUUCAACAUGCAUAGUUGUUUUUUUUGUCAACCGAGCACAAAAUAUAUUUUUGUACUAUGUUUGAAAUACAAAAAAAAUACUCCAUUAACAUGGAUAAUUUUUUUUUUUUAAAUGUUUCUGUCCUCUUAGUGUUUUACAUGUGUUAGGACAUGGCAGAUUUGUAUGACUUUGCACUAAAUGGGGUUACUUGGUCUUUUUCUACUUGUAUAAUUUAAUUUAGUACAGAGUUUAAGAUAUCAGAGUAUAUAUUGUUUCUUUGACAUGGCAGUGCAUCGAUCUUUUUACUACUCCAGUGAUUGCUGCAGCAGCUUGUCAUUGUGUUUUUAUGAGUAGUAUUUUUUUAUUUUUAGGUAAAGAAUUGUCUUUAAAAUCCAUCACGUAUUCUAAAGAUUGCGAACAGUUUUCCUUUGUGGUGGCAUUUCAUGUACAACAAUAGUUGUAUUUUCUCUUAAGAGUUGGAAGAUUUUGCUAUAUUAUGUACAAAAAUGUAAAUGGUAUACAUUUUAAUUUUGUACCUACAUUGUGUAAUACUUGAUUUAAAAAAAAUCCGGGAUAACAAAGUAUUUUUUGUCCGUGUCUUAGAUGUCAAGAGGGACUGGAAUAGUUUAUUGUUUUGUAUUAAAAAUGCUUAAAUUAUGUUUCUCUUUUUACAUUUAAAAAAAAUAUUUGCACCCUGGUCUUUUUAAUAAAUUAAACUACAGUCAAAA